CCCGGACAGAAGGGGCGGGGCCUGAGAGGAGCCGGAGUUGGAGUCGGAGCCUUGAGUUUUGCGCCUAGACUUCGAGGAAGAAGUGGGGCGCAGGUGACUGUGCGGUUAUGAAAUGUGCACACAGGAUGCUUUCCAGGCUCAGAGGAGCCAGCUGGUGGGGCUGCUGGUCUCAGGGUCCCUGGAGGGCUUCGAGAGCGUCCUGGACUGGCUGCUUUCCUGGGAAGUCCUCUCCUGGGAAGACUACGAGGGCCUCAGCCUCCCGGGCCAGCCCCUCUCACGCUUGGCCAGGCGCCUCCUGGAUACCGUCUGGAAUAAGGGUGCUUGGGGCUGUGAACAGCUCGUCGCAGCUGUCCGGGAGGCCCAGACCGACUGCCAGGCUCCAGAGCUUUCCAGCUGCUGGGACCCGCACUCGCCCCAGCCAGCCCGUGACCUGCAGAGUCACCGGCCGGCCAUCGUCAGAAGACUCUACAGCCAUGUGGAGGGCGUGCUGGAUCUGGCGUGGGAGCACGGUUUCAUCAGCCAGUACGAAUGUGACGAAAUCAGGUUGCCCAUCUUCACAUCCUCCCAGCGGGCAAGGAGGCUUCUCGAUCUUGCCACAGUGAAGGCGAAUGGGUUGGCUGCCUUCCUUCUACGUCAUGUUCAAGAAUUGCCAGUCCCGUUGGCCCUGCCUUUUGAAGAUGCCGCGUGUAAGAAGUACAUGUCCAAGCUGAGGUCCAUGAUAUCCGCUCAGUCUCGCUUCCUGAGCACCUAUGAUGGGGCAGAGAAUCUUUGCCUGGAGGAAAUAUACACAGAGAAUGUUCUGGAGAUCCGGACAGAGGCGGGCCUGGCCGAACCCCUGCAGAAGAACCCUGCAACCCUGGGCCUGGAGGAGCUCUUCAGCAGCCGUGGCCGCCUCAAUGAUGACGCCGACACGCUGCUGGUGGUGGGCGAGGCGGGCAGCGGCAAGAGCACGCUCCUGCAGCGGCUGCACUUGCUCUGGGCCUCAGGGCGCAACUUCCAGGAGUUUCUCUUCGUCUUCCCAUUCAGCUGCCGGCAGCUGCAGUGUGUGGCAAAGCCGCUGUCUGUGCGGACGCUGCUCUUCGAACACUGCUGUUGGCCUGACCUUGGCCAACAGGACGUCUUCCAGUUCCUCCUUGACCACCCCAACCGUGUCCUCUUAACCUUCGAUGGCUUUGACGAGUUCAGGUUCAGGUUCUCGGACCGCGAGCGCCACUGCUCUCCGACCGACCCCACCUCUGUCCAGACUCUGCUCUGCAACCUCCUGCAGGGUAACCUGCUCAAGAGCGCCCGCAAGGUGCUGACCAGCCGGCCCGCGGCUGUGUCCGCGCUCCUCAGGAAGUGCCUGCGCUUGGAACUCUGCCUGAAGGGCUUCUCAGAGGAGGGCAUCGAGCUGUACCUGAGGAAGUGCCACCGGGAGCCGGGGGUGGCCGACCGCCUCAUCCGCCUGCUCAAAGCGACCUCGGCCCUGCACGGUCUGUGCCACCUUCCUGUGGUCUCGUGGAUGGUGUCCAGAUGCCACCAGGAGCUGUUGUGGCGUGGCGGGGGGUCCCCAAAGACCAGCACGGAUCUAUACCUGCUGAUCCUGCAGCAUUUUCUGCUGCAUGCCUCCCCGCCAGGCUCGGUGCCCUGCGGCCUGGGGUCCGGCCUGCUUCGAGGCAGGCUCCCCAGCCUCCUGCGCCUGGGCCGCCUGGCUGUCCACGGCCUGGGCACGUGCUGCUACGUGUUCUCCGCCAAGCAGCUCCAGGCGGCGCACGUGGGCCCCGAGGACAUUUCUCUCGGCUUCCUGGUGCAUGCCAGGAGCGUCGUGCCGGGGGGCGCCGCCCCGCUGGAAUUCCUGCACAUCACCUUCCAGUGUUUCUUUGCAGCCUUGUACCUCGUGCUCAGCGCCGACCUGUCGCCGUCCUUGCUCCGACAACUCUUCAGCUGUCACGGGCCGCGCAGCUCGCUGCUGGCCCGGCUGCUGCCCCCCAUGUGCGUGCCGCGCCCCGAGCGCCCGGACGGUGGCGACGCGGCUCUGCUGCAGGAGGCUGAGCCGCACAACCUCCAGAUCACGGCCGCCUUCCUGGCGGGGCUGCUGUCCCGGGAGCACGGGGGCCUGCUGGCCGAGUGCCAGGUGUCCGAGAGGGCCCUGCUCCAGCGCCAGGCCGGCGCCCGGGGCUGUCUGUCCCGCAGCCUCCACGAGCACUUCCACUCCAUCCCUGCGGCCGUGCCAGGGGAGGCCAAGAGCGUGCAUGCCAUGCCCGGGUUCGUCUGGCUCAUCCGGAGCCUGUACGAGAUGCAGGAGGAGCGGCUGGCCCGGGAGGCCGUGCGGGGGCUGAAGGUCGGGCACCUGAAGCUGACGUUCUGCGGCGUGGGCCCUGCGGAGUGUGCCGCCCUGGCGUUUGUGCUGCGGCACCUGCGGCGGCCCAUGGCCCUGCAGCUGGACCACAACUCAGUCGGGGACGUCGGUGUGGAGCAGCUGCUGCCUUGUCUCAGUGUCUGCAAGGCUCUGUACUUGCGAGAUAACAACAUCUCAGACCGCGGCGUCUGCAAGCUCGUGGAGCACGCAAUACACUGCCAGCAGCUGCAGAAGUUAGCGCUCUUCAACAACAAACUGACCGAUGGCUGUGCGCACUCCCUGGCCAGGCUCCUCGCGUGCAAGAGGAACUUCUUGGCGUUAAGGCUGGGGAAUAACCACAUCACUGCCGCAGGAGCCCAGGUGCUAGCCGAGGGGCUCAGAGCCAACGGCUCCUUGCAGUUCUUGGGGUUGUGGGGCAACAAGGUGGGUGACGAGGGCGCCCAGGCCUUGGCUGAAGCCUUGAGGGAUCACCAGAGCUUGAGGUGGCUCAGCCUGGUGGGCAACAACAUUGGCAGCAGGGGGGCUCAAGCCUUAGCAUUAAUGUUGGAAAAGAACGUGGCGCUGGAAGAACUCUGCCUGGAGGAGAACCAUCUCCAGGAUGAAGGCGUGUGUUCUCUUGCCAAAGGACUUGAGAGGAAUUCACGUUUGAAAGUUCUGAAGCUGUCCAACAACUACAUCACCUACCUUGGGGCAGAAGCCCUCCUGCGGGCCCUGGAAAGGAAUGAUACCAUCCUGGAAGUCUGGCUCCGAGGCAACACUUUUUCUCCGGAGGAAAUUGAGAGGCUCGGCCAGAGGGACACCAGACUCUUGCUCUGAAGCCUGGGGGCCUAUGUUUUAUCUCUGUUUGUUGGCGAACCGCCUUUAUGUCUGGCGGCAGCCCAUUCACACAGAGCCGUGUCCUGCCAGGGUCAUCUUUGUUCCGGCAGGGCAAGGAGCAGCGGUACCCUUCAGAGUAGACUUCUCCGCAGGCUGUUUCGGCAUCCAGUUCUUCCAAGAUUCAGUCCGUGGAAUGUAGCAGAGGGGCAGCUCCUCCCCUCCUCCAGCUGAUUGGACGCGGGCCACUGGGCCCCGUGGAUGUGACUGUGUUACUAUGUGCCCGUUGCUGUAGGGACCUAGGUCCACAGGAGAGGCCCCUUCCCACCCGCCUCACAAUGAAGAGGGGGCCUCAGGGAGCAACUUCCUGCUGUGUUUGAACUCCUGGGUUCUCAUCUCUCCAGGCUGUCCCUCCCCCUGUCUGGUCCCUCCACCCACCCUGGACCCUGGCACGUGGCACUUCCUUUGCAGGGAAGGGUUCAGAAUACUGGUGCUCUCAGCUUCGAUAUUUAUAGCCUCCCCCACCCCGACCCCCACCCCCACACACGCAGGGUGGGAAGGGCUAUAAAUGACUUGCUGUCCUUCCUGAUACUUAAGACAUUAUUGAAAGGGGACAUGUGACAGCCGUUUGUUCCCCCAGACAUUCUAGAUUUUCAAGAAAAAUAAGACCACGCUACAGCCAGUAUCACAUGCACACUUUUAUUUCUGGUGGAGUCAAUGAGUGUUCAGUUAAGCCUUCGGAAACCACUCCCCACCCAAAUGCGACUUUUUAAAAUCAGCCCGGGCCAGAAUUUUGAGCAGUCCCACCAGGGCUCUGGUUGAUGCCUGGGAGCCGGACUCUUGACAGCAGACUUCCAAAAUAUAUUCAUAAGAGAUGGUUCAGUGUUAUGUGAUAUGAAGUUAUGGAUCAAAAGUUUACAAGGGCAAAAUCAAAGACUUUUCCUUAUAAGGCAGAUGUUUUCCUGGAUUUUUUUCCCCCCAAACGAUGCAUGUUGAAGCCUCCGUCAACUGUCAGGUGCUGUGCAAGUGUUAUUAUUUAAACAUUAUUAUUUGUGAAAACUGGUUAAUAUUUAUAAACCACUUUGUUUUAUUCUC